ACUGCUCAUACAAAAAAUCUACUCUUACAACAUAUCUGCUCUUACAGCACAGCUGCUCUUACAUAUACAAAUACAACCGCUUAUACAACAUAUCUGCUCUUACUGUCACUCUUACACCUGCUCUUACAGAUACUUUUUCAAUCCCUCUUACAGCACAUCUGCUGUACUCUUACACCUGCUCUUACAACAUAUCUGCUCUUAAUGUCACUCUUACACCAGCUCUUACAGAUACUCUUUCAAUUCCUCUUACAGCACAUCUGCUGUACUCUUACACCUGCUCUUACAACAUAUCUGCUCUUAAUGUCACUCUUACACCAGCUCUUACAGAUACUCUUUCAAUCCCUCUUACAGCACAUCUGCUGUACUCUUACACCUGCUCUUACAACAUAUCUGCUCUUACUGUCACUCUUACACCUGCUUUUACAACAUAUCUGCUCUCUUACUCUCACUCUUACACUUGCUUUUACAAUAUAUCUGCUCUUACAGACACUCUUAUAACUGCUCUUACAACAUAUCUGCUCUUACAGAUAUUCUUAGAACCGCUCUUACAGCACAUCUGCUCUUACAGAUACUCUUACACCUGCUCUUACAACAUAUCUGCUUAUACAGAUACUCUUACAAGUGCUCUAACCAUAUCUGCUCUUACACCACAGCUGCUCAUACGGUCACUCUUACAACAUAUUUGCUCUUACAGAUACUCUCACAACUGCUCUUACAACAUAGCUGUUAGGGGAUGUUAAACUCUGUUUAAACUUUAAAUGUUUCUAUAAUGAAAUAAUUUAACAUUUAUAAAUUCUGAUUUUGCUCAAUUGUUCCAUAGGAACUCAUUCAUUUUGGACUCACUUGAGAGCGCCCUCUCGUGGCGAGAGUAAGUGAGUGGAGAUUAUGAAGUGGGUGAUCUCCUGUGCAGAGACUCUGUGGUGAUGGAUGUGGAGCGGAGCUGCAGGAUCAGGGGUUGUGGUGCUGAAGAAAUGGACAUCAUCGUACGGCAGGUCUUCUCCUGCUUGUUCUUUAGAGACGCAAUAGAAAGAGAUUAUUAAAGAAUAAAAAAAAAAUGGAAUCCAGUGCAACCUCCGAUACUCAAGAAGCAUUACCUGGAUCUCCGCCUCCUAAACCAGGUAAGGAAAAACCUCAUAUCUGCGAGGAGUGUGGGAGGAGCUUCACUCUGGAGAGCUCUCUCAGAGCACACCAGCGCAUUCACACUGGAGAGAAGCUGUUCUGCUGCUCAGAGUGCGGGAAGAGCUUCACCACCCAGAGCAUUCUGUGCCGCCACCAGCGCAUUCACACUGGAGUGAAACCGUUUCAGUGUUCGGAAUGUGGGCGGAGCUUCACGCAGCAGAGUCACCUGCAGAGACACCUGCGCAGUCACACCGGGGAGAAGCCGUAUCACUGCGAGGACUGCGGGAAGAGCUUCAAUCAGCAGAGCCAUCUCCAGAUCCACCAGCGCAUUCACACCGGAGAGAAACCGUAUCAGUGCUCCGAGUGUGGACAGAGCUUCAGCGUUCACAGCACUCUCCUCACACACCGGCGCGUUCACACCGGAGAGAAACCAUAUUACUGUCCAGAGUGCGGGAAGAGCUUCACCCGACAGACUCACCUCCACCACCACCUGCUCAGCCACACGGGAGUCCGGCUGUUCCAAUGUCCCGAGUGCGGCAAAGGUUUCAACCACCGCAGUAACCUCCUGCAACACCAGCGCAUUCACACCGGAGAGAAACUGUAUUACUGCUCUGUGUGUGGACAGAGCUUCAACAACCGGAGUCAUCUCCAAAGGCACCAGCGCAUUCACACCGGAGAAAAGCCCUACCAGUGCCCAGACUGCGGGAGGAGCUUCAAUCAGCAGAGUCCUCUCCAGCAACACCAGCGCAUUCACACCGGAGAAAAACCGUACCAGUGCUCCCAGUGCGGAAAAAAGUUCACCCGACACACUAACCUCCAACACCACCAGCGCGUUCACACCGGAGAAAAGCCGUAUCACUGCUCAGACUGCGGGAAAGACUUCCGGCAUUCCCAAAACCUGAAGAUACACAAGUGCAAAAAGUCCAGAGCAUCAUCGGUACAAGAGUCACAAGUUAGUCUUAAUUGAAAUCCAAUUGCAAUGUGCAAUCUGAAAUCUAUUGUACUUUUAAUUCAGUGUUUUCUGAUUGGAAUAUUUGUUGUGUUUUUCUACUGGAGUUUUUGAACUAGGUUAUUUGUAAAUUUACUUCAGAAUCUGAUAUGUAUUGUUUUCUGCUGUCUGGUGUAGAUUCUGUAGUUUUAUGAAUUGUAGCUACCUACACUAUUGCAACUCAAAAAAUAUCAUAAAAGUAUCAUUGAAAAGUUACUUUAUGUCAGUAAUUCAGUUUAGAAUUUCCCCUCGUGGAUCAAUAAAGUAUCUAUCUAUCUA